GAAGUGCCACAGGCCACACAGCCUAGGUGGCCUCCAGCAGAGAGGAACGUGCCAGGCCGCGAUGGCUGAGUUUGGCCAGGUCCUGGCGGAAAUCGGCGACUUUGGUCGCUUCCAGAUCCGGCUGCUGGUUCUGCUGAGUAUCCCCAACUUGCUGACGGCCUUCUACAUGUUCGGCCAGGUCUUCAUGGUCCUGGACGAGGCCCACCACUGCUCGGUGUCCUGGGUCAAGAACCAGACCCUCAACCUGAGUGCCACGGAGCAACUGGCCUUGAGCAUCCCCCUCGGUGCCGACGGCCGCCCCGAGUCCUGCCUCAUGUUCCAGCCACCCCCCGACAAUGCCAGCCUGGACGACAUCCUCGGCCACCGCUACAAUGAGACCCAACCCUGUGAAGCAGGCUGGGACUACCCUGAAGCCAAGCCCCCCUCCCUGCUGAAUGAGUUCGACCUUGUGUGUCACCGGAAGAUCCUGAAGGAGACCUCGCAGUCUGUGUUCAUGGCUGGCCUUCUCUUCGGAGCCCUCAUCUUUGGGCCUCUCUGCGACUGGAUCGGCCGCAAGGCCGCAAUCCUGCUGCAGCUGCUCCUCUUUGCCCUCGUGGGCCUGUCCACGGCCUUUGUGCCCAACUUUGAGAUCUACAUGGCCAUGCGCUUUGCUGUGGCCACUGCCGUCUCGGGCUACACCUUCAGCAACGUGGCCCUACUUUCAGAGUGGGUGGGGCCCCAGAGGAGGACGCAGGCCGUGGUCCUGGCCCAGUGCGCCUUCUCCGUGGGACAGAUGAUUCUGGCGGGACUGGCCUACGGCGUCCGCAACUGGAGGAUCUUCCAGAUGGCCGGCACGGCGCCCGUCCUGCUGCUCUGCUUCUACUUCUGGGCUCUUCCUGAAUCUGCCCGCUGGCUCCUCACCCGGGGGAGGGUGGAGGAGGCCAAACGCGUGAUCCAGAAGGCCGCCGCCGUCAACAGGCGCAAAAUCUCCCCUGAGCUCCUGGACCAGCUGGUCCCGGAGAAGACAGGCCCCCGGGGGAAUGCCCUGGAUCUGUUCCGACACCCCCAGCUCCGCAAGAUCACCCUGAUUCUCUUCUGCGUCUGGUUUGUGGACAGUCUGGGGUACUUUGGGCUGGGUCUCCAAGUGGGGGACUUUGGCCUGGACAUCUACCUGACACAGCUCAUCUUCGGGACGGUGGAGGUGCCGGCCCGUUAUUCCAGCAUCUUCUUGAUGCAGUGGCUGGGCCGCAGGUGGAGCCAGCUGGGGACUCUGGUCCUAGGGGGCCUCAUGUCCAUUAUCAUCAUCUUCAUCCCAACAGAUCUGCCCGUGGUGAUCACUGUGCUGGCCGUGGUGGGGAAGUUCGCCACGGCCUCUGGCUUCACCAUCUCCUACGUGUACUCUGCAGAGCUCUUCCCCACCGUGCUCAGGCAGACCGGCAUGGGGCUGGUGGGGGUCUUCUCGAGGAUCGGGGGCAUCAUCACCCCACUCGUGAUCCUGCUGGCUGACGUGCACGUGGCCCUCCCGAAGCUGCUCUACGGCGGCCUCCCCAUCGGGGCGGGCUUGCUGUGCAUCCUGCUGCCCGAGACGCGCGGCCAGGCCCUGAAGGACACCAUUGCCGACCUGGAGGAGCGCCCCCCAGCAGGGUCUGCAACCUCAGAAAAGGAGGCAUCGAGCGGCACCCCCAGCCCCGGGGGGGACUUCGUGAGCAGCAUGUAUUUCUGAGCGGGACUCUGCAGCCAGAGCGGCCCGGAGGUUUGCCAGGACAUGGCUGGGCCCAGGGGCAGGACACCAUGGCCUGCAGGGACAGUGCUCAGUGGACCUACCCUGGUCCCACGGCCAAGCCUGCCUAGAAGCUUCUGGGACAGAAGCUCCGUCUUCCCACCCUGUCUCAGUCCCUGCCCCCCAGCCCCACUCAGGGCCUGGCGUGCCUUGGACCUCUUCUCCUGAGAGCUCGGGCACGUAAGGCCCCGGGUCUCCUCCUGCCAGGAUCACCUGACCUCCAAAUACGGCCGCGUUCAGAGCAGUGCGUCUAAGCGGGGCCUUUCCGAGUCCGUGGCCAGAGGAGGAAAAGCACCUGUGGCCCCUGUCCAGGCUGGUGGGGGGAAAGUGACUGAGUGGACAUGUUCCCUCCACGCCUGGGCCAGGCCCCUCUGGCUACGGCGGCGCCAGGGUGCAUCAGAAACUGCACCUGGGAGAGCGAACCUGCAGCCUGGUGCUCCUCACAGGCCCAGCCCCGUCCCGCACACGCUCAGGGGGGCGGGGCAGGGAAGGGGGCAUUGGGAUGCUGCUCCUCCUGUGCUCUCUACCCCUCUGUGCUCCGUGGCUCGGAUUCCCUGGGGCCCUCUCAGAGGCAGGGGGAGGGUGACCCUGGCCAGCCCCUCACACUCCAGGGACUCAGCGGCAGGGAACUGGCUCCAUGGCUGAGUGCGUGCCGUGCUUGCUUGAGUCCCGGGGCUUGACUCCUGGAACCACCACACACACACACACACACACACACACACACACACAUACACACACACACACACAGAGUCACACAUGCUCUCACAUUCAGUCACAUAUACACCACACACACAGUCACAUAACCAUAGUCACAUACAGUUACACUCUCACACAGUCACACAGACCAGUCAUAUACACCAUGCACAGUGACACAGUCACACACACAGUCACAUAUACACUCAGACAGUCACACUCAUGCAGUAACACACCACACACACAAUCAUAUACACAGAACACCUAGUCACAUUCACACAGUCACACACAUUCAGUCACAUACACCACACACACACACACACACACACACACACACACACACACACUCUCAUAAGAUAAAUAGGGUCGAGUGAUAGUGUAGCAGAUAUAGCUUAUCUUGCACGUGGCCAACCUGGGUUUGAUCUCUUUCACCUCAUAUGGUCUCCUGAGCACCACCAGGAGUGAUCCCUGAGUGCAGAGCCAGGAGUCACGACCCCUGAGUGGUGCUGGAUGUAACCCAAAAACCAAAAAGUAAAGACAAAAUAAAAGUGAACUCUUCUGCCUGGGCACAUUUGUGGGUUUUCAGAGAUCUUCGUGGGACCUCUGCUUUGUCGCUCCAUGAGUAACUUCAGGGAGUCCUUCUUCACUCAGCCAGUGUGGUCCCCUGCUUGUCACUGCCGGCACCCCUCAGACUCCGCCCCAGCCAUGUACUGGCUCCUCCUUGCCCGGCCUUCAAGGUGGCCUCCCAAGGCUGAGGGUCGGGUCUGCCCUCACAGAUACCCCCAGUCCCAAAGCAGGGACCUUCUUGAAGCUCUGUUCCUCACACCCCCUUCUCUGAGGCAGCCUGAGAUGU